GUGAAAGAGCGCAACGGCUGUUUGCUGAGUUCUGAUGACGGCAUUUGAGUUCCGUCUCAGACGUGGUCGUGCGUUGCAUGGGAUUCUUGUGCUGGCAGUCGCCUGCCUUUGCUUUUCCAACAGGCAGCAGGCACACGUCCAUGUAUCAGCCUACGCUGCGUUUUCGCGCACUGCCGAGGAGGUCUCCAUUCCAUUGGCGGCGCUUUGCGUAGGUGGUCUCUGUUCAGGCGUUCCUGGAUGUCGAAUUCCGUCGAAGCUCAUGGUUUUUUUCGGUGCGCAGACUGGUAUGCUCUUGCUCUCAAAGAUCCUCAUUUCCAGGACGGUUGUUUCGGAGGAACUUGGUCUAUACGGAUUGCCAGCCCCCUUUCUUAUGACAGCUUUGCAUCAAUUCAUGGCUGUUAUGAUGUUCGGCAUCGGCUUCCUUCUUAGCUGGACGACGCCAUGGCCCUACAUGCCGCAACCGCUGACAAAGCUGUCGGAUGUUUGGUGGCUCUUGCUCUUCUCUGCAUCCUUUGCUGCAAAUAUUGGUUUGAACAAUUUUUCGUUUCAGUUUUUACCGCUCUCUCUCAACCUGCUCCUCCGCUCCUGUCUGCCCAUCGCAACUACUGCAAUACAGACUUGUGUCCCUCGAAAAGUGCCUAAAAGCAGCACAACCUUUGUCAAGGAGAUCAUUUGCAUGCUUUGUGGAAUCUCUUGCGCAGCCUUGGCCACAUUGGCUCAAUCAAAGUCGAAGGCUGCUGAGCCUGAGCAUCACUACCAGUUGGGCCUUGGUGUAGCAAUUGAGACUAUGUCCAUUUUUGCCGGUGCCCUGAACAUGGUCCUGGCCAACGAGUUGGGAAAGAGGCUCAAUCUGGGCUCUAUGGAUAUGACAUUUUACAUGAGCUUGCCAGCGGCUCUUUUCUUGUUGGUACCAAGCAUUUUUCUUUCAAGCCCAAGCUGGCCUGAAGAAGAGCCCAUGACAGAUUGCCAGGUCUUCUCCCUGGUAUAUCAAUUGGCGCCAGGCGUUUUGGGUUUGGCGUGCCUUCUGGGGGUGUUUGCAUGCGCCUACAACGUGCUCCAGAUCGACAUGGCUCAGUCUCUCUCUGCAACGUACACAACUUUUGCCGGCAAUUUCAACAAGGCCAUGACAGUGAUGAUCUCAAUUACUAUGGGUUUGGAGCGUCUCCCUGAGGGCGUUUGGGGUUUCGUGAUGCUGCUGGCCACCUUGGGCAAUAUUAGUGCAUUCACGGUGUACAGUUAUUUGCAGCUUAAGUGACUGCUCCAAGGUGUGAGAGCUAUAUAUAUUUUUAAUGGCAGAAAAAAAGUC